GGUUCGGUCAAAUCCCAAAUCGGAGGCUCGUGACCAAAGCUCUAGGCUCGGAUAAUUCAACUCUAUAUGUACCCCCACUUUCACGAGCAACAGCCAACAAGGCAUAGCUCUUUACGUGUAAACUGCAAAUUGGCUUAAAAGUGAACGAGAAAGUUUUCCUGCAAGGUGAAAUCUGAUUUGAUAGCAAUCCGAUCAUGACUCUUGUCUCCGGCAGAAGGUCAUCGCUGAAUCCGGACGCGCCGCUAUUUGUUCCGGCGGCCAUGAGGGAGGUGGAGGAUUUCUCGCCUGAAUGGUGGGAUCUCGUGACCACCUCCACCUGGUUCAAGGACUACUGGCUCAGCCAGCAUCCGGGAGAAGAUAUUUUUGGCGCAGUGGGAGGUAGUUCUGAUGCCAACAAUGUUGUGGGAAUGUUGCCUGACAGCAUAGAUUUUGAUGUGGAUGCUGACAUCUUGAAUAUGGAGGCUGAGUUUAGAGAGGCUCUUCAGUUAUUUGAUGCUGAAUAUGGGUCUCAGGCAACAAGAGUAGUAGAAAAUGGAUUCAAGAACCGCGAUGCAGCAGUGUCCAACAUGGCCAAGCAGAGGAGUUUGAAUUCGCGAAGGGAGGCAAUUAACUACUGGGAGAGGCAGGGGAAGCACAGCCCUCGUUUCAUCCAGCAGCCACGUUGAAGGUUUAGUGAUGAUGAUCAGAGUUUGUUGAAUCAACCUCCGGUUUGAGUUUGUUGUAAGUUUAUGUACUUGGCAAGGUUGGUAAACUCUUUGUAUUUUAGCCUUGUUCAUAGUGUGACGUCCCUUGUUUAGUUUCUAGUAUAAGUGCUUUUAGAUUAUGUUGCAGUACUCGUCUCAAAUCAAUCUAAGAAAAGCUUAUUUUAGUUGAA